AGGAGGCCGAGUUUGGCAUGGCCACUCAGAUACCAAUCCGAUCCAAUUCGCUUGUUGGAGGGAAAUCUCAAACCUCGAAGUCACGGGAACACCAAUCCGAAUAUUAUAACUCUGCCUCUUCGCCUUGUGCUUGGCCACUGGGUGAUGAUAGUCGAGACGGGGAACUGGCAGUUCAUGUGUCUCGGUCUCAACAUCCAUCACUAGCAACCGGCGCACUAGAAAAGCGCGAAUGUCGAAUACACGAAGACGCUACGGUGGAUGAGACUUUGGUGGCUGUGGAAACAGCUCUCCCUUCACAAACCAGUCUAUGGUUGAACGAGAGUGAAUGGAUGAAGGGUAGCCCUCCCAAACUUAGCCAAGCAGUCCUGGCUUCGUCCGCCCACGGUGUCGAGAACCCAUCGGUAAAGAGCACGCGAGCCAUAAACCACCCGGACAUUGAUGAUAUCUCAAACACGAAGAAUGCUCAAGAGGGGAAGGCAGGUCAGGCCUUGACUAGACGUCUAAGCCGUGGCGAUGGCUCUCUCGGGUUAGAGGAACGUCGUCUGGCGGACUGGAUUUGAUUGAUGAUUGCGGAACUCUGGCCAGAAGGUCAGAGAGCAAGCUUAACUUUGUGCUGGCAAGUAGAUGACGGUCCAUCAUAUGUGUAUGUAGUCGAGGUAGUUGAGGAAAGUUCUGGUAGUUGAAUCUAGUGUCAUCU